AUGACAGAUGGUCAUAAGUCUCUGAAGAGACGCAAAACUACGAAGAAGCCAAACCAAGAGAAUGUUUCAGGCAUCACGACUGGAACAGCACAGACAAACUCAUCGGUGAACCGUAAACCAGUUCCAACUGGUUCACGUCAAUCCACUUUUCACAGCACUGAUCAAUUAAUUAGAACUCCAGUUACAGAUAGGUUCACCAGCUAUGCAUCAUAUUGCAAUGCAUCUCAUACCCAACAAACAUCUAAACCAGUUGAAAGUGGUUCAUGUCCAUCCACUUUUCAGAGUGUAACUGAAUUACCUAGGACUCCAUUUAGAGAUAUAACAAACGUGUCUCGAAAUCAAAAAAAUGCGCAGCAGCAACAAAAACCGAAGGGCAAGGCUAAACAAAAGAAAUGGGAGGAUGUACCUUUAAAUGCUUGGAGCCGUAACCUCUUUCAACAGGAAUUUAGUCAGAACCACACCAACAGCAACAGUGUUGUAUAUGAUGAGAUUUGUGAGGAAACUCGGCUUAAAAAUGCAACAGUUACGGAUGAGGAUCUAUUUGAGGUGGAGGAUUCCUACGACACCAAUGACGACAGCUCUGAUGAGGAUAUUAUGGAACAAACAACACCAGUUAAUCAGAGCACAAUGCAUGAUCAGCCACCGAAGAGGAAUCGACGUGGUAAAAACUGCUAUGUUCCUGAGGAAUACGCCAGCCUUGGUGGUCCAACCAGAGUAUGCACACAUUGCAAAGCGCAAAUGUGGCAUGAAGAACGUUCGAACAAAAAUGUUACCAAAGGCCCUCCUCUGUUUUCUAUAUGCUGCAGAAAAGGUGAUGUCAGUCUACCUGAGCCACCACCAACACCAUCUUGCUUGCAAUCUCUUUAUAAUGAUGUAGCUAGAGGUUCACAUUUCAAAAGAAGUAUACGAAUGUACAACUCCAUGUUUGCAUUCACAUCUGCUGGCGGUAAUGUGGACCAUUCAAUAAACCGAGGCCGGGGUCCUUAUAUUUAUCGCUUAAACGGUCAGAAUCACCAUGUUUUUGGCUCCUUAAUCCCUGAUGAUGGUGACACUCCAAAAUUCUGCCAGCUUUACAUUUAUGAUACUGCAAAUGAGGUUAAUAAUCGUUUACGGUGGGUUAAAGUUUCUGAUGAACAACCUAUUGAUGUCCAAGUUGUUGAAUGCUUAAUCCAGAUGUUAGAUGACACCAAUGAAUUGGUGAAAAAAUUCCGUACAGCACGUGAUCGUUGGGAAAACAAUGAUAUACUUGAUUUGAAAGUUGAGCUGAAAAUCUGUCGCGCACAGAAUGGAAGAGAGAAUCAUAUAUCUGCCAGUGAUGAAGUAGCUGGCAUAAUGGUUGGUUCCACCUCAAACACAACUCCUGAUCGUGACAUUAUUAUAGAGCCCAAGUUUGGAAAGCUCCAACGUGUGUCUUACAUUCAUCCAAAGUUCAUGGCGCUUCAAUAUCCCCUUCUUUUUCCCAAUGGAGAGGACGGAUACCAUAAUAGAAUUCCAUUCACCAGUGCUGAUUUGGAAAACCUCAAAGAGCGCGACUACAUUUCAAUGAAAGAUUAUUACGCAUACCAGUUUCAAAUCAGGCAAAAGCAUUCUCUGACACCUAGAUUAGGUGGGAGGUUAUUCCAGCAAUAUGUUGUUGACGCUUUUUCGUCUAUUGAGCAAACACGCUUAUGGUGGUUUCGGAAGAAUCAGACAAUUCUGAGGAAUGAAUUGUAUAGCCAUAUAUGUGACUCAGUACGUACUGGAGACUAUAGUGCUUCUAAUGUUGGGAAAGGCGUGAUCUUGCCAGCUGGAUUUGUUGGUUCUAAACGCUAUAUGCAGCAAAAUUUUCAGGACGCACUAGCAGUGUGUCGUGAAGUAGGCCAUCCGGAUAUUUUCCUAACCAUGACAACUAAUGCAUUAUGGGAUGAAAUUCAAAAAAUGAUGGUUUUUCUUCCUGGUUGCAGUCCAGAGAAUUGCCCUGAUAUUAUCUCUCGAGUCUUCCGUUUGAAACUGGAGCAGCUAACAAAUGACAUUAAGAAAAAAUCUCAUUUUGGUGUUUGUGUUGGAGUGAUGUAUGUUGUGGAGUUUCAAAAGCGUGGCCUCCCCCAUGUUCACAUGCUCAUUUGGCUUGACAGCGCUUCAAAGAUUUAUCUAAAGAAUAAUGUAGACAAGUUUGUCUCUGCUGAAAUACCCGAUCCUAAAAAAGACCCUGUGGGAUAUGCUGCGGUGAAGGCUUUUAUGAUACAUGGACCGUGUGGACUCCAGAAUACGAAAUCUCCCUGCAUGAAAGGUCUAAAGUGCAUACGUCAUUUUCCGAAAAAGUACUGUCCGCGCACAAUGUUUGAUGAAAGCGGAUUUCCAAUGUACAAACGGCGUAGACAGAACAUAACAGUCCAUGUUAGGAAUGCUGAUUUGGAUAAUCAGUGGGUAGUUCCUUAUAAUCGGGACUUAUUGGUCAAAUACCAAUGUCACAUGAACAUUGAGAUAUGUUGUCACGCUCGCAGUCUCAAGUAUUUGUUCAAAUACUGUUUAAAGGGUCAUGAUACUGCCACGAUACAUGUUACUGGGAGGAAGAAGAGAACAGCCAACUCUAACGGUGAUGAGCCUAUCGAUGAAAUUGAUGCCUACUUUGAUGGUAGGUACAUAUGUGGAGCAGAAUCGGCUUAUAGGAUUUUUGGUUUUCCUAUACACCACCGUACAAUAUCUGUUGAAAGGUUACCAUUCCAUCUACCAGGACAAAAGAACUGCACAUUUCACUCAAACCAGCCUUUGGAUAAGGUAGCUGAAAGGGAAAAGGACAGACUUAGUAAACUUGAAGCGUUCUUCCUUUUAUGUAAUACUGAUGCUACAGCUCAGCAAUAUACCUAUCAGGAGAUCCCAAAGCAUUAUGUAUGGAAUGAUGUUGAAAGGAAAUGGAAUCGAAGAAAAAGAGGAUAUCAGAUAGGACGACUAUCUUAUACUCAUCACAGCAGCGGCGAAGUAUGGUUUUUGAGAUUAUUGCUAACCAAGGUGCGCGGCCCAACUUCCUUUGAGAAACUCAGAACUGUCAAUGGAAUAUGCUAUGAGUCCUUUCGUGAUGCUUGCAAAGAGUAUGGUUUGCUGGAUGACGACAAGGAAUGGCAUGAAGUUCUUGAUCAAUGCUCCUCUGGUGGCUUGCCUCCUCAGAUUCGUCAACUUUUUGUUCACAUAAUAGUGAAUUGCAAGGUAACAGAUUUGUAUAAUUUGUGGAAUGCUCACUGGAAGCAAAUGGUUGAUGAUAUUAUUUUAAAGAGGCGACGCAUAAAUAAAGAUGAAAGCCUAAUGCUGGAUGAUAAGCAGCUACAAUUUUAUGCUCUGGCAGAAAUUGAUGAUUUGCUUAGAUCAAUUGGGAAAUCUUUAAAGAAUUUUCAGCAGCUGCCACAACCUCCUGAAAUGUAUCUGAAUCAUGGGACAAACAACUUGAUUUUGGAAGAAACUAAUUACAAUAUUACUGAGAUGGAACUAGAGAAUAAGAAGUUGCUGUCGACCAUGAACCCAGAGCAGAAGACAGUGUACAAUGCCAUUCUAGAAUCUAUAGACAAGAAUGAAGGCGGACUUUUUUUUGUUUAUGGUAGCGGUGGCUGUGGCAAGACUUUUCUAUGGAGAACUUUAAUAUCAAAGCUACGAUCUCAAGGUGAUAUAGUUUUACCAGUUGCGUCCUCGGGGAUUGCUGCAACCCUUAUGCCCGGAGGAAGGACCGCCCAUUCCCGCUUUAAGAUACCUAUAGUGCUUGAUGAGUUUUCACUUUGUGCUAUAGGCAAUAAUUCUGAUAUUGCUGAACUUAUCAGACAUACAAAGCUGAUAAUCUGGGAUGAAGCGCCAAUGCAACACAGAUUUGCAUUUGAAUGUCUAGACCGCUCUCUUAGAGACAUUAUGAAGACUGUUGAUCAGGCCCGUGCUUCUUUACCAUUUGGAGGUAUUACUAUACUGCUUGGAGGAGAUUUUAGACAAAUCCUUCCUGUAAUACCUCACGGAGAAAGGGGAGAAAUUCUUGAAGCAUGUAUAACACGUUCCCGUUUGUGGAAUAUUUGUAAAGUUUAUGUUUUGGAGAAGAACAUGAGGCUUAACAAAGGUUCAUCUCAGCGUGAAAUUGAUGAGUUGAAUGAAUUUGCCAAAUGGGUUCUUGCUGUUGGAGAUGGAACUUUGCAUCCUACUCAAGAUGGCGGUAAUUAUCUUGAGGAUGACAUAGUAGUUCCAGAACAGUUUUGUGACUUGGAUAAUGAAAAUUCUGUUGAGAACAUGAUUCGCAGUAUAUAUCCAGAUUUUAUCCAGAAUGCAAGAAAUCCCAAAUAUUUGAGUGAGAGGGCUAUUCUGACUCCUACUAAUCAAACUGUGGGUCAUCUCAACUCUCUAAUUGUAGAAAUGAUUCCUGGUGAUGCAGUGAAUUAUUAUAGUGUUGAUAGUGCUGAGGAUUUUGGAGGUACAGAUGCUGAUCUACAGUCUGCUUUUCCUAUCGAGUAUCUUAAUUCUCUACAAGUACCAGGUAUGCCUAGCCAUGAUUUGAAGCUUAAAGUUGGUACAGUUGUAAUGUUGAUGAGGAAUUUGAAUCAAACACUUGGACUAUGCAACGGCACUAGAAUGAUUGUUACCAAGUGUUUGAAAUUCUGCGUUGAGUGUGAGGUUAUUUGUGGUUCUUUUGCUGGCACCAAACAUUUCAUUCCACGCAUGGAAUUAUCUCCAAGUGACUCAGAUCUGCCUUUUAAGUUAGUUAGAAAACAAAUGCCAAUUCAGAUUUGCUACGCCAUGACUAUAAAUAAGUCUCAGGGUCAGUCUCUAGAAAAGGUUGGUUUGUUUCUUCCGAAAGCUGUUUUUACACACGGCCAGUUCUAUGUUGCGGUAAGCAGGGUUACAUCUCCAAGUGGUUUGAAGGUAUUCAUUGAUGAUGAUCGUGGUCUACCAACAAACCUCACACAAAAUGUUGUCUACAAAGAGGUGUUCUAUGCUUUGCCUAGGUAG